GUCCCUCCUCCCUCUUCCCCCACCCCACCCCCCUGCGGAAAGUCCCUCCCUAAGUCACUCUUAAGGCUUACUGAGGAUUGCUAAAGUGUAGAGGGAACCCUAGAACUUUGACUGCUUGUAGGAGGUCUGACACUAGGCCCUGUGGCAGCCACUUCUCCCAGUCACUGCUUCUCUUAGUCAUGGCUCCGAAGCGCAAGCUUUCAACAUCACAUGGGGCCCCUGAGAAAAAGAAGGGGCGGCAGGGGACAGAGGCAGAGGACAGCUUCCGCUCAGCCGCGGCAACCCUGAAGGCGGCACCCACAGAGAAGCGCAUAGUCCGAGUGGACCCCACGUGCCCACUCAGCCGCAAUCCUGAGAUCCAGGUACAUGAAGACUAUGACUGCACCUUAAACCAGACCAACAUUGGGAGCAACAACAAUAAGUUCUACAUCAUCCAGCUGCUGAAAGAAGGUGACGGCUUUGUCUGCUGGAACCGCUGGGGCCGUGUGGGGGAGGUGGGCCAGUCGAAGCUCAGCCACUUCACAUCACUGGAGGAUGCAAAGAAGGACUUUGAGAAGAAGUUUCGGGACAAAACCAAGAACAGCUGGGCAGAGCGCAAGCACUUUGUGGCCCACCCCGGGAAGUACACACUUAUCGAAGUGCAGGCAGAGGAGGACACCCAGGAAGCUGUGGUGAAGGUGGACGGAGGCCCAGUGAAGGCCGUGCUUCAGCGGGUGCGGCCCUGCUCUCUGGAUGCAGCUACACAGAAGCUCAUCACCAACAUCUUCAGCAAGGACAUGUUCAAGGACUCCAUGGCCCUCAUGAACCUGGAUGUGAAGAAGAUGCCCCUGGGAAAGCUAAGCAAGCAGCAGAUUGCACGGGGCUUCGAGGCCUUGGAGGCCCUGGAGGAGGCCCUGAACACCCCCACAGAGAGCGGCCCCAGCCUGGAGGAGCUGUCCUCCCACUUCUACACCGUCAUCCCCCACAACUUUGGCCGCAACCGGCCCCCACUCAUCAACUCCCCUGAACUUCUUCAGGCCAAGAAAGACAUGCUGCUGGUGCUGGCGGACAUUGAGCUGGCCCAGACCCUGCAGGCAGCUCCCGAGGAGGAGGAGAGAGUGGAGGAGGUGCCGCACCCCCUGGACCGAGAUUACCAGCUCCUCAAAUGCCAGCUCCAGCUCCUGGACUCAAAGGCACCAGAGUACCAGGUGAUACUUACAUACUUAAAACAGACUGGCAACAACUACAGGUGCCCUGCUCUUCAGCACGUGUGGAAAGUGAACAGAGAAGGGGAGGGAGACAGGUUCCAGGCCCACUCCAAGCUGGGUAACCGGAGGCUACUCUGGCAUGGCACCAACGUGGCAGUGGUGGCUGCCAUCCUUACCAGCGGGCUCCGCAUCAUGCCGCAUUCUGGUGGCCGUGUUGGCAAGGGCAUCUACUUUGCCUCGGAGAACAGCAAGUCAGCUGGCUAUGUUACGGGCAUGUCCUGCGGAUCCCACUGUAUCGGCUACAUGUUCCUGGGUGAGGUGGCCCUGGGCAGAGAGCACCACAUCACCAUCGAUGAGCCCAGCUUGAAGCAGCCGCCCCCUGGCUUCGACAGUGUCAUUGCACGAGGCCACACCGAGCCCGAUCCGACCCAGGACACAGAGCUGGAACUGGAUGGCCAGCGAGUGGCAGUGCCCCAGGGCCAACCUGUAACCUGUCCAGAGUUCCGCAACUCCAGCUUCUCCCAGAGCGAGUACCUCAUCUACCGAGAGAGCCAGUGCCGCUUGCGCUACCUGCUGGAAGUUCACCUCUGAGCUGCCGCCCUGGCCC